UGCAUCACGGCCUUCGAGACAAGCCGCUAAGAGUGGAUGACUCCUCUGGUCUCUAAUAUGUAGGCUCACUUCUCACUUCCAUCACAAGUCAGAAUUUGGAAUAAACUUCAAUUUGAACGUACUUUACAUGUUGUCUGCUGAUUUUUGUCCGUAUGUAGGAGGUAAUCUGAGACAAUAUAUCCACAGAUUAGUGUUAUGAACCCGACUUUUUGGUAACUGGUUUGUAUUUUCAAUGCUGAUAAACGCGACUUGCACAAAUAUGUCCGAGUUUAACUGAAGCACAGACCAAAUGUUGUCCCAGGUAAUCAGCUGGCACUUUCAGCUGAUUGUGAGGGACAUGCUUUGGUCCACAAUGUUUGGUUACAUCUGGCUAUUUACAUAUUGUGCAUCACGUGAAAUGUGUCAGGAGAUGGGAAAUGCAAGGAACAGAACCUACUGGUGGCAAAAAGUUGGGUAACAAUACUUUACUGUGGACAUUUGAUCUCCACUACCUUCCAGAAAAAUUACCAACAGCAUGGACGACCGGUAAAUUAACCUAAAAUAUAAUUGUAUUCAACAUUCUGGCUGGCAUAUUUUCUUACAGCUACUUCUUUCAGACAUAUUUAUCAUGUAGUAACCAUGGUACCAGUCUGACGUUUAGGCAAGGCCUUGUACUGGAAUUGCUCUGUCCAUGACUGUAACGCCCUCCAGCGGAUGGUGAAGACGGCCCAGUACAUCACUGGGAACGUGCUCCCACCAAUGAUGUUUAUAUAAAUCAUUGGCUCCCACCAAUCCAGGACACGUAUGUGAAAUGAUGCCUGAGGAAGGCCCGCAGCAACAUCAAGGACCCCACACAACCCAGCCACGAGCUGUUCACUACCUUACUGUGGGGCAGAUGGUGUCCGAGCAUGAGUCAAGUGUGAAGAUGAAACUCCUCUGUGUCCAGGUGUUGAUGGAUCUGCUGGGAGAAGGCAUUGAUUAUGACAAAGUUUCAAAGCUAACUGCAGAUGCAAAGUUUGAGAAUGGAGACAUCAAGGCCAGUGUAGCCGUGUUGACCUUCAUCCUCUCCAGUGCAGCCAAACAUGAUGUGGACAGUGAAUCUCUCUCCAGUGAGCUGCAGCAGUUAGGACUCCCUAAAGAACACACCACAGGACUGUGUAAAUCCUAUGAAGACAAGCACAUUGCCCUGCAGGAGAAGCUAAGGGAGAGCAGUCUGAGAUUGGGUCGGUUGGAGGUAGUGUCGUGGCGUGUUGACUACACCUUGAGUUCCAGUGAGCUUCAGGAGGUUAAUGAGCCCACAGUGCAGCUCUGUCUCCAGACCCAAGGGGCAGAGACUGGACACACGGAGACCACCAUCGUCUCUGUGUCUGCAGACAAGUUCAGAGUCCUGCUGACAGAACUAAAACAAGCACAGGCCAUGAUGAAUGCACUACAAUGAAGCAACACUCUAAAGGUUUUGAUUAAUGAUGCAGUGACUGGAUCAGAAGAAAGUCAAGCAAGAGUGCAAGACAUUGACAGAAUAUCAUACAGGAUGAGUGGACCAUGAUCUUUUGAAUGUAUUUUGUACAUUGUGUUUAUUCUAUAAUUGUUAUUAAAUAUGUUGAUGUAUUUCUCAUUUGUCCAUGUUGAAUCUAUGAUAUGUAUUUUCUUGAAACAAUUACAACUUUACAAUUAAA